AUGGGGUCGGCGCUACUGUCAGAUCUGGGAACGGAGAUCGUGAUCCCGGUGUGUGCAGUUAUUGGUAUAGUGUUCUCGCUCGUGCAGUGGUUCCUCGUCUCGCGCGUGAAGGUAUCGCCGGAACAUGCUGCGUCGCCUCCGAGUAGCAACAACGGCAAGAAUGGAUACAACGAUUUCUUGAUCGAGGAAGAGGAAGGCAUCAAUGACCACAACGUCGUCGCUAAGUGCGCCGAAAUUCAGAACGCCAUCUCCGAAGGUGCAACGUCUUUCUUAUUUACGGAGUAUCAGUAUGUUGGUAUUUUCAUGGUUGUUUUUGCAAUUCUCAUCUUUUUGUUCCUGGGCUCUGUGGAGGGUUUCAGCACAAGAAGCCAGCCUUGCACCUAUGACAAGGAAAAAUUGUGCAAGCCAGCUCUUGCAACUGCUAUCUUCAGCACCAUAUCUUUUGUGCUUGGAGCUAUCACUUCAGUCCUUUCUGGUUUUCUUGGGAUGAAAAUUGCUACAUAUGCAAAUGCAAGAACUACAUUGGAAGCUAGAAAGGGUGUCGGGAAAGCUUUCAUUAUCGCAUUCAGAUCUGGUGCAGUCAUGGGUUUUCUCCUUGCUGCAAAUGGCCUUUUGGUGCUAUACAUUACCAUCAAUCUCUUCAAGCUGUACUAUGGUGAGGACUGGGAAGGCCUAUUCGAGGCUAUAACUGGCUAUGGUCUCGGUGGAUCUUCCAUGGCUCUUUUUGGGAGAGUAGGAGGAGGUAUUUACACCAAGGCUGCUGAUGUUGGUGCUGAUCUUGUUGGGAAGGUUGAAAGGAACAUUCCAGAAGAUGACCCCAGGAAUCCAGCUGUGAUUGCUGACAACGUCGGUGAUAAUGUUGGGGAUAUUGCUGGAAUGGGGUCUGAUCUAUUCGGUUCAUAUGCAGAAUCAUCAUGUGCUGCUCUUGUGGUGGCUUCCAUCUCCUCUUUCGGAUUGACUCAUGACUUCACUGCAAUGUGUUUUCCACUGCUUAUUAGUUCCGUGGGAAUCCUUGUUUGCUUAAUUACAACCCUUUUUGCUACUGACUUUUUUGAAAUCAAGGCUGUGAAGGAAAUUGAGCCAGCAUUGAAAAAUCAGCUUAUUAUCUCCACUGUUCUUAUGACUGUGGGAAUCGCAAUUGUUACCUGGACUUGCUUGCCAUCAUCCUUCACAAUUUUCAAUUUCGGUACUCAAAAGGUUGUGAAGAACUGGCAGCUGUUCUUGUGUGUGUGCGUCGGGCUUUGGGCUGGACUUAUUAUUGGAUUCGUGACAGAGUAUUAUACCAGCAAUGCUUACAGCCCCGUGCAAGAUGUUGCUGAUUCCUGCAGAACUGGUGCUGCUACCAAUGUCAUAUUCGGCCUUGCACUGGGAUACAAAUCAGUCAUCAUUCCUAUUUUUGCCAUUGCUAUUAGCAUUUUUGUUAGUUUCACCUUCGCUGCCAUGUACGGUAUUGCAGUGGCUGCCCUUGGAAUGCUUAGCACAAUUGCCACUGGGUUGGCUAUUGAUGCUUAUGGACCUAUUAGCGACAACGCCGGAGGAAUUGCUGAGAUGGCUGGAAUGAGCCACCGGAUUCGUGAGAGGACUGAUGCACUUGAUGCUGCUGGGAAUACCACUGCUGCUAUUGGAAAGGGAUUUGCUAUUGGAUCUGCUGCACUUGUGUCAUUAGCUCUAUUUGGUGCCUUUGUGAGUCGGGCAGAAAUUUCUACUGUUGAUGUUUUGACCCCUAAGGUCUUUAUCGGGUUGAUUGUUGGGGCAAUGCUUCCUUACUGGUUCUCGGCCAUGACAAUGAAGAGUGUGGGUAGUGCAGCUUUGAAAAUGGUUGAGGAAGUACGUAGGCAGUUCGACACUAUUCCUGGUCUGAUGGAGGGUCUCGCCAAGCCCGAUUAUGCCACCUGUGUGAAGAUCUCAACUGAUGCCUCCAUCAAGGAGAUGAUUCCCCCUGGUGCCCUUGUCAUGCUUACACCUCUCAUUGUCGGAAUCUUCUUUGGAGUCGAGACCCUCUCUGGAGUUCUUGCUGGUUCUCUUGUUUCUGGUGUACAGAUAGCAAUAUCUGCAUCGAACACUGGUGGUGCAUGGGACAAUGCCAAGAAGUAUAUUGAGGCCGGUGCUUCCGAGCAUGCAAGGACUCUUGGGCCAAAGGGAUCUGAACCUCACAAAGCAGCUGUUAUCGGUGACACCAUUGGGGAUCCUCUCAAGGACACUUCAGGUCCAUCACUCAACAUCCUUAUCAAGCUCAUGGCAGUUGAGUCUCUUGUGUUUGCUCCCUUCUUUGCCACUCAUGGUGGUCUACUUUUUAAGAUCUGA